GACAAGGGGGGAAGGAGAAAAAAGGAAAUUCCCUUCCUCUUCCUGAGCAUCUUGCGCUGCGCAGUGUUGGCGACACCAACGGGGAGCGGUGCGCAUUUUUCCUACGAUCUGAAGAGAGGAUCAUCUGAAGCGGCAUUUCUGAGCUGAACGGAAAAGAAUCACCGAGGAGGAAAUUCUCUUAUUUUGAAAGCGUUUUGUCUUGCAGGGAGGAAGACAGCCAACCCCUCAUACGGGAUAUUUGACCGACCUAUGGAGUGUUGAUUUACAGUCCGUCAUUUUUCAAGCAUAUUUUAUAGGAGCCUCGCUUUCACCUGCGUUUUUCAUUGGCCUAUUUUUUUCUUUUUAAUAAAUUGCUGCGGGGUAAUAAAAUAGCUUUUAUUCUCAGUUGGGUAUUACAUAACCGAGUGGUUAUAGCUGUCCAAGGUGCUGAAGUAAACGGUCGGAGCCUAACGGUACGAGCCGUGGGGAAUUCACAACCUUGCAAGGUCACAGGCCUAUCCGUCGGGGAAGAGGAACGCACGGGAUCCGCUCACUGAACCACCGGGAAGCAGCCGGGUGAUAUUCAUUCAUUUAUUCAUCGUCCCGAGGUGAAACACAUUCCUGAGGUGGUCGAUUCAACGCAGAGAAAAUGUCGGGGCAAACGCUCACGGAUCGCAUCGCCGCUGCGCAAUACCAGCUAACGGGAUCAGAUAUGGCCCGGGCUGUCUGCAAAGCCACCACUCAUGAAGUGAUGGCGCCCAAGAAAAAGCACCUGGAGUACCUGGUGUCAGCCACCAACACCACCAACGUGAACAUCCCUCAGAUGGCGGACACACUGUUUGAGCGAGCCACCAAUGCCAGCUGGGUGGUCGUCUUCAAGGCCCUCGUCACCAGCCAUCACAUGUGUGUCCACGGCAACGAGAGGUUCAUUCAGUACUUGGCUUCCAGGACCUCCCUGUUCAACCUCAGCAAUUUCAUAGACAAAACUGGCUCUAACGGCUAUGACAUGUCUACAUUCAUCAGACGGUACGGCCGAUACCUGAACGAGAAAGCCUUCGCCUACCGCCAGAUGGCUUUUGAUUUCACCAGAGUCAAGAAGGGUGCUGAGGGCGUGAUGAGGACCAUGACCACUGAGAAGCUGUUGAAAGGCAUGCCUGUUCUGCAGACUCAGAUUGACACACUCCUGGAGUUCGAUAUUCAUCCCAAGGAGCUGAACAAUGGGAUCAUAAAUGGUGCAUUCCUGCUUCUCUUCAAGGACCUGGUCAAACUGUUUGCGUCCUACAAUGACGGAGUCAUCAACUUACUAGAGAAAUACUUCAAGAUGAAGAAGAGUGACUGUAAGGAGGCCUUGGAGAUCUACAAGAGGUUUCUGACCAGGGUGACAAAGAUUGGGGAAUUCAUGAAGAUGGCUGAGACAGUGGGAGUUGAGAAAAACGACAUUCCUGACAUCAACUACGCUCCCAGCAGUAUCCUGGAGAGUCUGGAAACACACAUGAAUGGCCUGGAGGAUGUGAAGGGUGGAAAGAAGGGUGAAGGGUCUCCAACAAAGGGGUCUCCGACAAACAACGUGUCUCCAACAUCAACUCCAGCCAAAUCUAUUCCCACACUGCAGCCUCCUCCUGGGGAGGUUGCCGCUGCUGCUGCUGCUGCUGCUCCUGCUGAGCCAGCUGAAGACUCCUUGUUGGACCUGGAUCCUCUGUCCUCCUCCGGGCCCACAGGAGCAUCAUCAGCUGCCCCCACAUCUUGGGGAGAUCUUCUUGGAUCAGAAAUGGGCGAUUCCUUGCUAUCUGAACCCACCCUCACGGCAGAGACCGCCCCCUCCACCACAGCAGCAACGCCCACCCCUGCAGCCGCAGAACCCGGAGUCUCUCUAGCUCCUCCCACUAGCACAGCAGCCGCCACCUCCACUGGUGCCGCAAAUAUGGAUCUUUUGGGAGAUGCCUUUUCUACACCUGCUCCUGCCCCUGAGGCCCCUGCAGCCGCUGCUGAAGGUGGCACCGCCGCCACGUCCGCCCCCGCCGCCGCCAACGCUGGAGCUGAUCUCUUUGAUUCCAUGCCAGACACGAACUUCACCAAAGCAGAGCUCGCUCCCAGUGUUGACUUGUUUACAGCAGCGGAUUUGUUCGGCUCCCCUGCGCCCAUCCUCUCAUCCGCACCCCCACCCAAAAUUGACACGGGAGCCAUCAUGAACCUGUUUGGUGAAUCCAUAGGAGGAGAAGCCACAGCCGCUGCUGCUGCUCCUGCUGCCCCCGGUGCUGAGCUCAUGUCAGUAUUUGAUGGACUAGGCGAUGUAAUGAAGCCCACUCUGACCCCUCAAGGGGGGGAUGUUGACACCUCCAUGGCUAACAUGGCAAGUAAUCUCUCAAUGGGAACCCCAGCGGCAGCUCAGGUAGCUCCCCCCUGUUGGGGUGCCCCCAUGCCCGGGGCACCAGGAGCUACCAUGAUGUCCAUGGCUAGGCCAGGCCCCGGAGCACCGAUGUCUCCCGGAGCGGCCCAGAGUCCCAGAAAGCCUGCACCCCCGAGGAACGCUCUGGAUGACCUCAACAUUAAGGACUUCAUGUAGACCGGCUGACCUGUAAAGCCUCAAGGUUUGUCAUUGUGUCUGGAGCUCUGUGGAUGUGGAUGUCUGCACUUCCCCCACUGCCUUCCCCUCCGUCAUGCCCCAGCCCCUUCAGCCAACCAGCCAUUCCAUCUACGAUCUUUGCCCUCUGACCUCCUACCCCUAUAAAAAAAAAAAACCCUGCCCUUCUUAUCUCAUGUUGUAGCACAACUGUGAAUGUGAACCCUAGAUACAGAAAAACAAAACUCUGUUUAUGUGUGUGUGGGUGUGCGUGUAAUUCAGUGUUAACCUUUACUUAAUAUACUAUGGAAAAAUGAACAAAAAAAUAAUAAAUGUGUAUUUAGAUUCAUUAUGGAUUUCCGCGUAUCAGCUGACUUGGAAGGGUGGAUAAAUGUUGGUUUCUUUGCGCAUCUCCCAGACGAGGACUGUGUUGUUAAAUGUGGACUGUGUUCGGUGUGUGUAACUUCACUGGCCAAUCCCCACUCCCACUCCUCUACCCCUAUCGUCCAAACUAAUACUGAGCUAUGUUUAUGUCAUUAAAAACUUGGUUGUACCUAUAUCUGCUUGGCCAUCCAUCCGCCCACCUGUCUACUUUUUUGGAGAACAAUUGUACCUGAAAACAACUGGCACUGCAAAUCUGGAUUUAUCAUCGAACACAUGGAAUUGUGUUCAUUUUCAUUUUUUUUCUUAAGGGAUUGUCAUUAACAUGCAACAAUGUGUGAACUCUGUUGAAAUUGACAUAUGCAUUUGAGAAUAUUUUAAAUGAUAGAUUACACAUAUUUUCUUUAAUCUUUAUUUUGAGAGAACAAAAUGUAUCAUAUAUUUUUAGUUAUGUCAAAUUAUAAGGUUGAAAAUAAUGCAAGUAGACAAACAUUUCCCCACCUUUGUAUAUACCUCUCAAUCUGUAAUCGGAGGCAGUAUCAGUGGAAACUUUGGCUCGAGUGUUUACUGUUGCGCCCUCAGCUGGUGUGGAGUGGUACUGCAUCCUGAUUCUCUUAGAAAACUAUUUUGCUUGUCUGUCUCCUAAAAGAUGACUUAAAGUUAAGGUGGAACUCAAAGGGAAAAGUAAAUAUUUGUGUAUGUGAUUGGGAUGUGGCCUCGUUCCUCUUUGAGUGAGGCAGCAGCGGUCGGUACAUUUGAUGGUGUACAGGCACUGGAAGUCUCGACGACUCUCACUGUAAAGCACUCAAGUAUUUGCUUGAUGUUCUGUGUGUUGUUUAUUUCCAAAAGUGACUGUAUCUUAAUCCAUUGUGGCAUUAACAAAGUGUUGACAGAAAAACAAAGAUGACUAUGACACGUAAAAAAUACAAAAAGAAUGUGGAUAAAUAAUGUUUGCUAAGUAUUCAAAUGAAGGCUGUGUUGUUUAUUGGGGGGAUUGUUAUGGAUGGCAUCGUUCUUUUUCCCUCACCCCCACCUGCAUGUGAGUCCAAAUGAGAUGCAAUAAAAGACAAAUACACUGAUCCAAACUA